UCGUACAGCAAACUGUGCGUAUGCAGAGCGUUGUAUUCAAAUAUGAACUUAGCUGACUCUGCUUUUAUCAGCCUCUUUAUACUCGUGGCCCUUAGUGCAGUAGCUUGCCAGGCGCGUAAGGACUGCAGUGACGGUUCGUGUUGCUCAAAUUCGACAUACAUCGAAAUUAAUGAGCCUCGCCGCAGCGUUAAUAGUAUUUGGAAAGCGGGACAAGUCGCUAUAUGUGAUAGGGUAUUGAGAUGGGGUUGGUAUCGUUUCACAAGCUUUGUUGGUGGAAAAAUGCCGGAAAAAAAAGUGCUACCUAACCAGUGUGGCACGCACGCUCCCAUCUGGUUGAAAGGUACUCAUCCGACGAAGAAGGGCGAGAAUGUUGUUCGCAAAGCAUGCAUCAAUGCUCUUAACAUUGACCCAGACGGUUGCUUCGACUCAUUCAACAUAAACAUUACCAAGUGUCCGGGUAACUAUUUCGUGUACUAUCUAAGGCCUCCCUGGUAUUGUUCAGCAGGUUAUUGUGCUGGCUACAAGAAGACUUGCCCAUAUGGAAAAGAAGGGGAGCCACCUAAUUGCUACGACUUUCCGAGGGAAUUUUCUAGUGACAACAUCAAUAAUCCAGAAAUUGUCGUACAGGAUAUCCCGGAAGACAACACCGUCUCAGUAACUUUACUGUGCAAAGUCAACAUUCUUAACGGAAUCGCCAGCUGGAGAAAUGUGACUUAUAAGAUAGAAUGGUUUGCUGAGGGAAAGUCAUUACAAGUAGAGACUAUCUGCGGUGGUAUUCCGCCCGGAAGCCUUAACGAAAAAGCUUGUCCAGAUGGCACUCUCGUCUCCAAACUGCCUGGCUCUAAAUACAAGAUAGGAACCUGGGGAUUCUGUAACUAUUUUGUAAUACCACAACUUAAGAGUUGA